CCUCUCUCCCGUGAGACUAUUCAAUGUAGAUGUUUUAAAGAGUGUUUGGGAUCGAUCGCUGGAGCAGACGACGUCAGGCGCGGGCGGCGGCACCUCCCACGCCCUCUCCCACGCCCGUCACGCACACGCCCGCACGCCCACAACCAUGUGAGGAGUGGAAGCAGCCUUUACUAUGGAGGAUUACAAAUUUCUCUUCAAGGUGGUGCUAAUUGGUAAUGCUGGUGUUGGAAAAACUUGUCUUGUGCGUAGGUUCACGCAGGGUCUUUUUCCCCCUGGUCAAGGAGCAACUAUUGGAGUCGAUUUUAUGAUCAAAACUGUGGAGAUUGAGGGUGAAAAAAUAAAGCUUCAAAUUUGGGAUACUGCUGGACAGGAGAGAUUUCGUUCCAUAACACAGUCAUACUACCGCUCAGCCCAUGCUCUAAUCUUAGUGUACGACAUAUCCUCGCAACCCACUUUUGACUGUUUACCAGAUUGGCUACGGGAAAUUGAACAGUAUGCCAGCUGUAAAGUUCUUCGAGUACUUGUUGGAAACAAAACAGAUCGGGAAGACAGAGAGCUUCCUACACAUGUAGGGGAAGAAUUUGCCCAUCGCCACAACAUGUAUUUCAUUGAGACUUCUGCUAAAGAAGCCGACAAUGUAGAAAAACUAUUUAUUGAAAUCGCCAAGGAGCUUACACAGCUUGUUCGUAGUGGACAUUUUGACAAGGAUAGCAAGGUUGGAGACCUCUCCCCCCAAGACGUGUCAAAUGUUACCCUUCCUCCAACAAGAGAAGCUCGUUCUGAAUUUGGUUGCUGCUCCCGUUGGAUUUCUUCAUCUACAACGUAGCAAAGUUGGAAACUCUGGAUUGUGGUAACAAUGCAAUGUGGGAAUUUUAAAUACUCGUUUGAAGCUACAAACAUGCCUGAUAGCUUGUUGCACUGAAGGCAUUAUAUAAUUGUAUUUAUUGCCAGUUUUAUUUUAAUUAUCAUUCUGCUUUAAUUUAUUAUCUUGAACUUAUUUAACUGUCGUUUUCAGAUAUUAUACGGAGAUAAUGCAGUAUUUCAGUUUAAUGUUUUGUGCUUACUUCUAAAAUUGUUGAAAUUGUGUAAAUAUUUUGCGUGUUUGUAAUGUUCAUAAUGACAUUCAGUGAUUGUUUAAGAUUAGUUUGGUGUCAGGAAUUCAGAGAAGAGGAUCAGAUACUGAAAUGUUCAUGAAUACAAAAUGAUAUUUGCCACACAAUAUGUAUGCUCAAUCAAUGGACCCAUAGGGACUCAUUUUAAGUGUCAUGUGGCAAGCAUCAAAUUGUUAAUUUCAUUUUUCAAGUACAGUACUUAAUAUUUCAUUUCACUUGGCAUCACUUAAACCUAAUUCAUUCCAACAAGAUUUUAAAAUUGUUCCAUCAGUAAAAAAUCAACUGAGAACUAUAUUAAGGCUGCAUGAACCCCCCCUCCCACUCCUGACUGCACACCACACCUCAUAACAUUACUAUCAAUGCACACUUUGCAGUUAAUAUUGCAGAUUUCAUUAUAGUUUACAUUUUGAGGGUUACUAUGUAGUUUUGAAAACCCUGGAAUAGAAAUGAGUCGGAAAACUAUAUGGAAUCGGAGAACUGUAUGCUACAUGAGUUUGAGUACUGUAUACUAUAGAAAGUGAAGCAGUGUUGAACACUGAUUUUUUAGCAAUGGUGCUCAUCAUUACAAAAUAGAGAGUAAGUUUGUUGUCAAUAUGAAACAUGUGGCUUAAUUUCCCCCCAUUGCCCUAUUCAGUUUAUUAUUAGUGUAAAGCACCAGUGAGGUGGAGCUACUUGGUUUCAUGUAGCAAAAAUAGCUAAGAUUGCUUUUCAGUUGAAUGGAUUAUACAGUUUUUAACAGAAAUGUUGUGUGAAUAUUUUCUAUUGUAUUUCAGCUGUUAAAUGUGCAGUGAAGUGACGCCUUUGUUGGAAACAAAAUAAUGGGUGUCGUAAAGAAGUAAUUUUUAUUGUAAGUAGUAAUAAUACCUGCCUUUUAUGUUGUUGGACAUAAAAUAUCAUACACGGCAUUUCUAUAUAUAUUUUUAAUAUGGCUGUGAUAAAAUAUUGAAGUAAAGUACUUAAGUACACCAUGACAGUAGUACUUAAGGUUGAUCAUAAGGUCACACACAUGUUGGCAGCAGUACUAAAGGUUGAUCAUAAGGUCACACAUGUUGGCAGCAGUACUUAAGGUUGAUCAUAAGGUCACACAUGUUGGCAGCAGUACUAAAGGUUGACCAUAAGGUCACACAUGUUGGCAGCAGUACUAAAGGUUGACCAUAAGGUCAUGCAUGUUGGCAGCACUACAGUAUUUUGUUUGGUCUUAGUGUUGGAGCACUAUUUCAUUUGGUCAUGGGGGUAACAAACAAAUCAUUUUUGUUCAGUUUACUGAUAUUUUGCAUACCAUAUUUGUUACAUAAUGCUUUGUGUAAAUAAGUCGCAUAAUGUUCGGAAUAUUUCUUAUUCUUUCUGGGAUAUAUUUAUUUUUUUACUGUAUUUUUUAUUAAUUUUAUUGCUUCUAUACCGUAUAUAUACUAUACUGUAUAAUUAUACACACAGAUAACCACAUGCUUUUCAGACACCUUGGGAUCAUGGCCUGAUGAGUAAUUUGUUGUCUGAUUAAAUGGUUAGUCAUCCAGAAAAUCUAAGGUGAAAUGAUAGGAAAAAUUUCCUGUAUUUUAAGUUGUAUUCAUGAAUAUGAGAAGUUCUGGGUGUUGGGAGUAGGUGUUGGUGUUGAUAAAGUGCGGAUGUUGGGUGUGGGUGUAAUUGUCAGGAAUGGGUGUGUGUCAGGAGUGGGUACAGGGCUUUGUAUGUAGUGUGCGUAUUGGCAUAUAUGUUGUGGGUAUUGACAUGCAAGUGUGGGUAUCGACAUGUGAGUGCCUGCAUUGGGUGUGAGUGCCUGCAUUGGGAUGUCAGCAUGUAUGGGUGUCAGUGUGUGAGCAUUGGCAUGUGGGAAGUGUGUGAGUUGUAUUGCUGGGGGGGAUGAUGAUGAUGGUGGUGAGAAAGGCAUUUCUUGCACCUCCUCAAUGAUCUACAAAGAUGGAGAAGACUAACACAGGUCCACAGGAUCACAUCAACCCUAGCUGAAGAGAGGCCAGGGAGGGUUGGUUAUGGGUUGGGGUGGUGUGGGAAUCUCCUAUGCAUGUGACAAAUUGUAAACAACAAGACGCAAUAUUUGUACUUGGUUGGCUAUUUAUUCAUUUAAAUAUUUAUAAGAAAAAAUAAAGUGGUUUAAGAAUUUAAGGUAUAUGAUAGGGGAUCCUACAGCAGGUGUCAACACUCGUAUGGAGUGAGUUGGGAGAGGGGAUUGAACUGGAGGAUGAUGCUGAUGUGAUCAUCAUUUACCAACCUCCAGGAUUUUAUUUGGUUGCCUGUCAAUCCAGUCUGGUAGCCUGUGCAGCCUGUCCAUCCUGACAGCAUCAAUUCUGCUGAGGUACCCUCGGAUGUUGAAGUGCUUGACCUGCUCCCAUGCUGUAUUAUCAACACUUUACCUCUUAGUUUUGCUCGUUGCCAUUGUUACAUAUUGCUUUAUCACUUUCACUUGUAGAAAAAUUGUCAAAGAUGGUAGAUUUAUCAUUAAUAAACUCUGAAAGCAGUCUUGUUCACUAGACACUCGAUGCACCAACAUUUCUCGAGAUUCCACUCUCCACCAUCUUAAUUUGCUCAACUUCUCAAAUGACAGCACAAUUGGGUUCGAUCUCCACACAUAAUCAGGAAUCCUGGGUUCGAAUCGAAAGAAGAGUAAAAAUGGCUGGGCAUGUUCCCAUCACCUAAUGCUGAUGUUCGCCUAGCAGUAAAUUGAUACCCAGGAGUUAGUCAGCUUGCUAUGGGGUUACAUCCUGGGGAGGGUCAGUUGGUUGACCUUGGAGGGACCUUUAUAUAAGGCUAACAUUAUAUAUAUA